AUGCCGACGUCCUUGGAGCAAGCAGUGGCUGCCAUCGUAUGUACCUUCCAGGAGUAUGCAGGGCGUGAAGGGGACAAGUUCAAACUCUCCCAAUGUGAGCUGAAAGAGUUGCUGCUGAAGGAGCUGCCGACCUUAGCCCCGACGCGGCUCCGGGAGUGUGACUACAAUACUUUCUUGAGUGCGUUGGAUACAAACAAGGACUGUGAAGUGGAUUUCACCGAGUACGUCCGAGCCCUGGCCUGUCUCUGUCUCUACUGCCAUGAGUACUUCCGGGAUUGUCCCCCUAAACCUCCUUGUCCUUAG